AUGAAAGCUCAUAUCACUCAACUAAAGGACAAGUUGAGCCAAAUUAUAGAAACACUCAAGAAUUUGAAGAUCAUUAAGGAAGCCCUUGUUACUGAAAACAAAGAGGGAACUUCAUCUUAUCUUUCAUACUUCUACUUUGGGUUACUGAGGUCACAAAAGGGUUAUACUCCACCAACUGAGGAAUACCUUAGUGGAGAUCAAGCUCUUUCUACUACCAAUCGCACAAACACAAGCUUACCUCAAGUGAAUGUGUCAGGAGUUGUCAGAAGUGAUUAUUUCUCUAUACCACCUAAAUGGUUGAAUGAGACAACUUAUAAAGGAAAGGGAAGAGAUGAGGAACUUAUGACUGAAGUGGCAAAGAAGUUUCUGAAACGAAAAACUGUACAAAUUGAUGAAGCCCUUAAGAAGGAGGUAGAAUCAACAAGAAAAGAGAUAUCCGACGGAGAAGCAUAUGACGAAACCCCGAAUAAUGGCUCCUCACUAAAUGUCAUGCCCAAAAGUACCUUAGAGAAACUGUCUUGUGAUGGAACAUACAUGCGACCAAGCUCUACGGUAGUGAGGUCGAUGUUGGAUCCAUUUGGCUGUGGUGAUACCUUCCACUUUGCAUCAAAAAAUGAAAUUUGUAAUGGGGGAUAA